CGGCCACCUCUUUUUGAUGGAACCAAUUAUACAUAUUGGAAAGAACGAAUGAGAAUCUAUAUUUGUUCCACGAACUUCCAAUUAUGGUUGGUUAUCAAAAACGGGGAAGAGGUACCGAUGAAGAAAGUCGGAGACAAGUUGAUCCCCAAGACCGAAGACGAGUUUGAUGCCGAGGACAUCAAAAAGGUCGAGAAUUAUGCAAAAGCAAUAAACAUGCUUUAUUGUGCCGUAAAUCCUGAUGACUACCGCAAGAACUCUUGCUGCUCAACCGCCAAAGAGAUGUGGGAUAAACUUGAGGUGACGUACGAAGGAACGGACCAAGUACGUGAAGCCAAGAUUGACUUCCUCACCCAAGAAUAUGAAAUGUUCAGGAUGAAGGAGCAUGAGAAGAUUGAUGACAUGUUCGACCAAUUUUCCAAGAUAGUCAACGAUCUUCAUGCAUUAAAGAAGACGUACACCGACAGGGAUCUUGUGCGAAAAAUCCUACGGAGCUUGACAUCCGAAUGGCGAUCCAAGGCCGAUGCCAUCUAUGAAUCAAUCGGCACAUCAAAUGUCACCAUCGAUGGCCUAAGAGGUAAUCUAAAAACCUAUGAAUUGACUAUUCUUAAUCCGUCUUUGAAUGACCAAAGGAAAGGGAUAGCACUAAAAGCUGUCAAAGAAUCAACGAUGGAUGAUUCAAGUGACGAUGAUGAAGUCAAGCUUGUCAUGAAGAAGUUCUGCAAACUUCUAAGAAAGAAAGAAAAGGUUGAGGAUGGCCCUGUGUGCUAUGGAUGUGGAAAAGCCGGGCACAUCAAGAACAAAUGCCCGAAAAGCGGAAGGAAUGCUCGACACUUCAAAAGGCAAAAGGCGUAUAUCUCUUGGGGUGGAGACUCCGGCGACGAGUCAACCGACCAAGAUGAGGAUGAAGUUGCCAACCUCUGUCUCAUGGCACACGAAGACCAAACCGACGAUGUACAAGAGUCUUUCUUCAAAAACGUCUCAAUCAUGGCCGGAGGAAGAUCAAAGUCUAAGGCUUCCAAGAAGAAAAGCACCGCCGAACCCUCGACCUCUGCGCCUCAACCGUUCCCCUACCUGGACGGAUCGUUUCUUGAGUUCAGGUCGGAGGAGGAACUCAACCGGUUCCUCACGCACUUUGCCAAGCGUCCCAUUUCUCCGCCUAGGGUGCUGCCCGAGUUGUACCCUCAACAAAAGGGGUACCACGACCUCGACAACCAACUCCAAGCGUCGGGUUUGUGGCCAUUCGUCUCCAAGAGCCGCUCGAGCUUCAAUCCCGCCUUUGUCCGGGCUUUCUAUUCCAAUCUCCGCCGUGACGGGGACACCAUUCGCAGCAGCAUCAAUCUCUACGACAUAGAGAUUGAUUUGCCUACCUUCGCUCGGGUCGCAGGGCUGCCCAUCCGCGGUGACGACAUCGCAACCUAUGGUGGCGAUGAUUGGAUCCUCAACAACGAGGCGUCAUUAAAAACACUUGGUGUUCGCCCAAACCAAAAACCAAGCCAUCCGGUGUUCGGGUUUCAGAAACUGGCGUUCGGCUCUCGGUUAUCGGCUAUGGUUUUUGGCGUCCGAACCAACCAAGUGGUUUUCAACUUUUUAUGAUUGGUUUUUACUCUUUGGCAUGUUUAAACGGUUCUCCAACAAAAACACCUUGAAAACCAUCUUUCGCUUUUGGUCGUUUGACAAAAAUCAUUCAAAACGGCAUAAAACUUGGCUAGCCGU